AUGAUUUCACUAGUCGAAUUAACUGAGCAUAAAGCAACAAGGUCACAUUCUCAAUACAAAUUAAAUUUAAUAGAUUUCGACGACUUUGCCUACAAUUUAAAUAAAACUAUCCAUAACUUUUAAAAAUAAUAAGUUGGAAAACACUAUGAUAAAUUAUCUAAAUUUAGAAAAUCAAAGAGUGUUUUAAAAGUUCAGCUUCAAAAAAAUAAUCCAUCCAUUUAUAAAACUUUUAAUAGAAAUGCUCCUGGGUUUGAUGAAAAUGAAACCAAAGAAUUAUUAGACCUUAUCUUACAAUUAGAAUACUUAUUUGUCCAAUAUAAUAAAUACUUUCCAGAUCACAGUAACCCUCUUUUAUUGAAUAAUUAUCUAAACUGUUUGAGUUUAAACAAAGAAAGUAUGAAUUUUAAAUAAUUUAUAGAAUUUUUUGAUAAUUACAAUCAAACUAUUUCUGAAACUCUUUAAAUGUCAAUUCUAAGAAAUUCUCAAUAAAGAAUUGUGGAUGAUAUAACUGACGAAAACCUCAUUAAGUUUUUGAUCAAUGAAAUAAAUAGGAGAAAUAAAUAUGAAAAAAAUUUAGAUCUAAUUAGAAGUGAUUAAACUAAAUUUAAUAAACUUACCCAAAAUUAUGAAUUAUAUAGAAAAACUAAAUAGUUAGAACAAACUCAAUCAAAUCUUUUGGUAGCAUCUAUGAAACUUAUAUUUUUAAAUGUAAUAUUUAAUUCUAUUAAAUAGGACUAAAAUUAAUGGGUUAAUGUUCGAUUACCUUUGAUUGAAAAAAAUAAAUAAUUAUAUAUUGAUAUGGAAAAAGUUAUUAAUUAAGGUGAUGUUCAUGAUUUAUUUAAAUAAUGGAGUCAAUAUAUAGAUAUAGGAUCAUCUCAUUCUGAGAUAACUUUAUUAAUCUCAAUAAUUUAGGAUCUCUUAUAAGAAGAAAGUUGGAUAAUAAAAUAAAUUAUGCAGUAAGUUUGUGGAUAACAGGUAUUGAAGUUAGAAAGGGUAAUUUUAUAAAUAGGUGCUUUGAAUUAGUUUUGUUCUAACUGUUUAUCAGCAAUGGAUAGAAGUCAUAAUUAAAUUUCAGGACUCUUACAGAUUAAAAUUUAAAAUUUAAUGCCUUUAUUUAUAAUUAAUAAGAAUAUUAAGAUAGAAAAACAAAUAAUGAUUAUGCAAAAUUCAUAGGAUGAAUUGUCUAAAGCAGACAAUAGAAAUUCUUUAGAGAAUUAAUUAUUAUAAUUACAUAAUGUAAAAAUGUGUUUGAUUCCUUAAGGAUUGUUCAGUUAACUAUGUUUCAUUCAUAGAUAUUGUAAUGACAAUAUGAAGUGUGAAACUGAAAAAAUUUCAGAAUCUUCAGAAUUCGAGCAACAGCAAGAAUAGGUUUAACAUAAUAUAAAAUUUAAAAAAGAAAUUAUACGAAUUCGAUCUCGUAAAACCAGUUUGGUUGAAAAAUAAGGACAGUUAAGUGAAAAGCCCAUUUAUUCAUUUCUUUAAUAAAAAUUUUCUGAAAUGAAAUUCACUUUAACUAUUUUUAUGGAUAACGUGGAUAAAAGAGAAUGGAAACAGAUUUUUGAAAGUAUUAAAGAAGAGAAAAAAGAAUGUAAAGAUUUUAGAAGUUCAAAAUCGUAAUCUUCAAAUAUUUCCUUUUAGUUAAACUAAAAUGAUGAAAAUUUUAUGAAAUAGAUGAAGAUCUUCUUAUAAAAAUAAUAAUAAAAAUACAAUGAUAAUAUUCUAAUUACUUGA